GGCUAAGGAACGUUAGGUAUCAAUUACAAGUACCCUCGUCCCUGCCGUCGUCAGAACCGACCUGUCGACACCGGAAACUACAACUUUCGAGGAAUUCGUAACCUGCGUCGAGGUCGAUUACAAAAAUCCGUGAGAGGGAAAAGUAUGACGGCCAUCAAGACACAAAAUACGUGUACACACAUCGUCCCGUCCCGCGCACGAAUAUUAUACGACUCCAGAUCGCCAAUGUAGACGCGACAACAAUGUCGUCUGGCACCAGACCCUCUUCAUAUGCCGAGAAGAGAAGCAGCGGCCUCGCAGCGGCCGAACGCGCCUCUGCGGGCUCUGCUUCGUCGCAACACCGCAUGUCUGGCAACUCGUCCAGCUUCAGGACCAACUCCGCAAGACCAUCCGAGUCCAAGGCCAGCCACUAUCCCGAGUCGCCGGGACACAAGCGGUCCAUUUCGAGUAAUCCCGGCGCACGCUCAACAACCAGGUCUACUGUCGAAGAGCGCCGCACUGAGAAGGUGCAGGUAACCACACGAGAAACUCUCAUCGCCCGAACAAGGAGCCCCGAUCGCCGCAGCGCCCCCACCGCCGACAAGCCGCGCCCUUCCAAAACGAGGCCGAGGGAGUCGCGCCAAGAGACCCCUCUUCCUCAAGACCUACCAUGGGAGCCCGAGGCAUCAUUGCUGCCACAUACGACAGCCCCUCUGGCCUCGCGCAUAUCCAUCCCCCCGCUCGCUUCGUCUGCGCCCCAGACGCUGCGGCCGAAACCAUUGCAUGAACUGCCCCUCGACGCCCAGGAGGCUCUGAUCAUUGAGGACCUAUUAUUCGUUUUUAUGGGCUAUGAAGGCCAAUACAUUCGCUUCGCAAAGGGGUACAAUCCCUUCGAGGAACGGGAGCGCUUGUCGGGCCCCGACUGGCGUAUCCUGCCGGGUCUGGAUCCCAGCCUCCGGGACCUCACCGAGUCGAUGCUGCGCAUGGCCACCCACUACACAGCUCUCGAAACUUUCGUCGACGUGCAGAGCCGCGAAGAGUUUGGCCUGGUGAAUCACGCCCUGUGCGCGUCAAUACGAAAGCUCCUGCAGGAAUACCUCGUCAUGGUUGCCCAGCUAGAGACGCAGUUCCUCAACGACGACUCCUUUACCCUUCAUGUGCUCAACGUCCAUAUCUUACCGACCAGCCACAUGAUGUACCAGCUGUACACCCUUGCGCACGAGCUACUGAAAAGGAACGAUCUGCUGGACGACGAGACGGAAGAAUCGAGCGACAGCGCCGAAGAGGAUUUGGAGCAGCUUUUGGAGCGGCUGAGGGAGGGGGGCGGCCUGGCGCCGGGGAGCGUGGCGGGAAAGAAAAUCUGCAAGGGCGGUGCGGUGCUUGGGCUGAUCACCAAGAGGCUCGAGUCAAUGUCGGGCGAUCCUGCAGCUCGCGCCUUGUUGACAUCGUUGCUACGGGACGCAAGCAUCCCGUACAUGGCAAUGCUGAACGAAUGGCUACAUCACGGGGGCAUCAACGACCCACACGACGAGUUCCUAAUCAAGGAGCAACGGAGCAUCCGUCGGGAGCGGUUGGAGCAGGACUACACCGACGAGUACUGGGAGCGGCGAUACACGAUUAGGGAUAAUGAUGUCCCGCCCCAGCUCGAGGGCGUCAAGGACAAAGUCUUGCUCGCUGGCAAGUACUUGAACGUUGUCAGGGAGUGCGGAGGUGUCGACGUGAGUCUGCAGGUUAAGGACGUGCCGAUAUCCUUUGACGACAACCGCUUCCUGGAUAAUGUCAACAAUGCUUAUGCCCAUGCGAACGAGUCGCUGAUGCAACUGCUUUUGACGGCCCACGCACUCCCGGCAAGGCUACGGUCGCUGAAGCACUACUUCUUUUUGGACCCGUCCGACUAUUUCUCGUAUUUUCUAGAACUCGGCGCUUCCGAAUUGCGGAAGCCCGUCAAGUCCGUCAACGCCAGCAAGCUCCAGUCGCUUCUGGAUCUGGUGCUGCGCCAGCCCGGCAGCAUAGUGUCGUUGGACCCAUUUAAGGAAGACGUGAAGGUGGAAAUGAACGAGAUUACCCUGACCAAGUCGCUCCAGCGCGUCGUCAACAUCACUGGGAUAGAGCAGGGGGAGACACUCCAGCCGCUCACCAAUAACCAGGCCCCCGAGAUUGACAAGAAUGCCAGCGGUUUCACCUCGCUCCAACUCGACUAUGCCGUCCCAUUCCCCGUCUCUCUUGUCAUCAGCCGCAAGACGAUCUGGCGCUACCAAGCACUCUUUCGCUAUCUACUGUCACUCCGCUAUCUAGAGUCACAGCUGUCAACCUGCUGGCAGACGCACACCCGUGGCUUCGUGUGGUCGCACAAGUCAUCAGCGUCGCGAAGUCUUGAGAUCUGGAAGCGCCGUGUCUGGACCCUGCGCGCCCGUAUGCUGGUGUUCGUUCAGCAGCUGCUCUACUUUUGCACCGCUGAGGUCAUCGAGCCAAACUGGCAGAAGCUGAUGGCGCGCCUGCAAGACAAUGACCAGGAGGGUAGUAAUGCUCCCACUACUGGCGCAGGUGUUACUGGCACCGUCGAUGAGCUGAUGCAGGACCAUGUGGACUUUCUCGACACUUGUCUGAAGGAGUGCAUGUUGACAAACAGCAAGCUGUUGAGGAUCCACUCCAAGCUAAUGCAGACCUGCACCAUCUUCGCUACCUACACAAAUUGGCUCUCCCGCGAACUCGAGAAGGCCGACCCGGACUUAUCGGGCACCACGAAACCGCCCAACAUGACGGACGAGCAGUGGAAGCACUUCCAGUCGAUCCGCUCCCAGAAAACUAACCCGCAUUCCCACGCCCAGGAUCCAAAUUCGUCCUCGGUGAAUCCGUCGGACGAUAAGACGGAAGCUGCCCGCAUCGCAGAGCUCUUUGACGUCAUACGCAAGUGGGAGACAAACUUCAGCCGCCACCUGCAAAUCUUGCUAGACGCCUUGAACCAUUACGCCGCUACCGAGACGGUUGUGCUCCUGAGUCUCUGCGCGCGGUUGAGUACGGCUAACCAGGGGACCGAAUAUGCCGGUUUGAGGCACGACGAGGAUGGGGUUGUUUGAAACGAGACGCAGCAAUUUGUCUUACAAUUGUACCGGUAUGAUGUUUGAGUUGUAGGCUUAUGGAACGGAAGCAAGUGUGUUGCCACAGUGGUCUACCUGCCUUACCAUGGUUGUACGAAGGAAUGGGAUGGGACAUCCUGCUUGGAGAGUCAAUACUCGUUAUAUGAGCUCUCGAUAUGGCUGUUAUCAAUACUGAUGCGGCCAUGAUAUAUCAUAACAUCAAAUACCCACCCAUCCAGUGGUGUGGAAACACACCCCUCGAACAAGAAAAAUGCAUUCCGAGUCUUGAAUCACAUUUACCGAAGAAUCAAAUAAAAAGCUGCACCGAG